AUGCCCUCGCCCGUGUUCUUUUCGCACCCGCCUCCGGGGUUUUCGAUUCUCUCCAUCCUGCGAGGUAUCCAGUUGUCGUUGAUUGGCUCCUACCGGGCACUUCUGAACCCAAACUUGCUGAACACCAAGUACUACUCAAAAGCUCUUAACAUAAUAAAAUGGUCAAUAAUACUCCAUGUGAUAAUGAAUAUCCCGCUGAUUGCAGCUACUAUCUUCCUCCGAUUUCUGGAACUUUUCCUGCUCUCGCACGAGACUGUGGCUUCAGUGCUGGACAAGCUCAAGUUUUUCCAGAUGCAUCUUCUCAACAUCAACCCGUUCCUAAUCAUGUCGUUCAGAUUCUUCACUAACGACUUGGACGAUGUGUAUUUUGAGUCCCUGCGGUUUGCAGACAGAGUGUACGCUCAAAAACAUCCAGACAAACCGAAAACGUACGCAGCCAACUUGGAACAUUGCGAAAAGUAUAUGAAGACAGUUGCUCCCGACCCCAGACCGCAAACGCCCUCGUAUCUGUUGCAGCAGAUCAACUCGCUGAAACCAGAAUUCUUCGACAGUACCUGGCUGCCCAAGAUGACAAACUUCAACGGGUUCGCUGAAUUCGCCGUGUCCUACAUCUACAACACUGGGCUAUCUAUAGUAUUUUUCUUCCUAGCCAAGACGCCCUACGUUGGCGCUCUUGUGUUCCCGGUGGCCACAUUUAAGAACCUCAACAGGUCCAUAGGAACGUUCUACGCACUCUUGAUAGUGUUUAUUACGUUUCUUCUACCGGAAACAUACUCUCUGUUCCUGCUGAACACCAUCUUCGGCUCGAAACAGCUCAUGAUGCUUCUGCUGAGACCCUAUUUCAAGUGCUUGCCCCUCAAUUCUCAGCAGCGCGAGCUGUGGUACCUCUCGAGAAUAGGAUGUCUUUAUGGGUUCAGUCUUAUGUUCUAUCUGUUGCUGAGACUGCCUAUCAUCGGCCUGCUGGUUUACGGCGUGGCAGAGGCAGCCACAGGCCAUCUCACCACCAAAAUCAGCGAUCCGCCUCCAAAGGUCACAGGCCCUCUUCUACAGCAAUGGGCACAGGAACAGUGCUUGUGGAACAAAGAGUACUAUGACGAGAUCAACGAUAUCAUGGGCGAUAUCGAACCCACCAUUCCUGGAACAUUCAAAGAACGCACCGAAUGA